GGAGUCGCCGAGCUUCGUGAACAGGAUCAUGGUGUUCCUCUUCGCGUCGGACUCGGUCUUCGAGAGGGUGAAGGAGCAUCCGAAGGACCAGCCGUUCCGGAUGGCGUGCGGGAGCCAGCUCUGCGUUGCCAAGGCGCACAUGGAUCUGCGCGCGGGGAGGCGCGACGCGGAGCGCUCCGCGCCGGGGCGGCCAAAAGUGCGGUACAAAGACGCCUACCCAGAGCCAGAGACCCUCAAGAGCGAGAACUUCGGCGCGGAGACCAUGUACAAUACCAGGAAGAACGAGCUCAUCGAGUUGGCUCGCAUGCAGGCGCGCUUCGGACACAUCAUGCGGGGCCGCAGAAGCAGUAUCCGCCCCGGCCAGACGUGA